UUUUACCAUCACGGUACUUAGACGGCCAAAUAAAAUAUUCAUAUUCAUAUUCACCUGGCCCAGCCUUCCCGUAACGUGCUCGGGCCAUAAUGUUACCCGUGUAAUGAUCGUUAUGUUGGACGGGUUCGCAUUCUUGACACGGCCAAUAAUUGAUUGUCGGUAAACAAAUUGCUGUAAAACUUCCUAUCAGCCACCAGUAUGGUUCCUGUCGUAUAUUUUCUGAUCUGUAUCAGGCACCACCUGGCACCACGCCAUGCGUAGCUACCAUACUUAAUUGCCCAAGAUGAUCCGAAUAUCAAUCCUUCCCUUUGAAACCCCCCUCAUCUUCCUUUGGCGUGAUCCCCCUCGUUGACUCCAUUAUGAGUAGCGAGGAUCACCGUGACAAGUAUGAUGCCGACAGCCUCGAGAAGAACCAGCCAGACGUUGGAGUUCACAUCGUUGCUGAAGGAAAGCACAAAUUCGAUGUCGCUUCCAUCGACUUGGUACAGCGUCGACUCAAGCAGCGCCAUGUUCAAAUGAUUGCUAUCGCUGGAACACUCGGUACAGGACUUUUCCUGGGUUCUGGGAAAGCUCUCAGUGGCGCAGGCCCCGUCGGUGCCCUUAUCGCAUACGCCCUCGUAGGCUCAGUGGCAUAUUCCUCACUGUGUUCCAUCGGUGAAAUGACGUCCCAUGCCCCAAUUUCAGGGACCUUCCCUCAUUUUGCCGCACGAUGGGUCGACCCUGCACUUGGUUUCGCAGUUGGAUGGAACUACUUCUAUACUAACGUGAUAACCGUGCCGGUGGAAAUCACGGGCGCCCAGAUUCUUAUCACUUAUUGGGAUUCCAACCCGAAUCACGCGGGUAUCUACACCGCAAUUAUCAUUGUUUUUGCUUGCGCGACGAAUAUCUUCGGUGUACGGUACUUUGGCGAAGCGGAAUUCAUGUUCUCAAUCAUUAAACUCACGAUGAUCACCGGUCUCAUUCUUGUUGGUCUGGUCAUUGAUCUUGGUGGUGCACCAGAUCACCACCGGUUGGGCUUCCAGUACUGGAAAAACCCCGGUAUCCUAGCAGGUGCUCAACUAGAACCACAGCAUGUUGGCCUGGACCGCUUCCUCGGUAUUUUGAAUGUUCUUGUUCAAGCAUCAUUCUCAUUCCAAGGCAUGGAACUCGUCGCAAUCGCCGCUUCUGAGACCGAAAACCCCCGCCGGAACAUCGCGAAAGCCGUCCGCAGGGUAUUCUUCCGUAUUUUAGUUUUCUAUAUCCUUGGUAUCUUCAUCACAGGCCUUAUCGUUCCGUACAACGAUCCCAACUUGCUCCAAUCCACGGGUACUGCUGCCCAGUCUCCCUAUGUCAUUGCCAUGGCAAGUGCUGGGAUUAAAGUCCUACCAAGCAUCAUCAAUGCCGGCGUCAUGACGAGUGCAUUCAGUGCUGCAAACUCUUUCCUCUUCUGUUCAUCUCGUAUCUUGUACGGUCUUGCUCUCCGAGGGCAAGCACCUAAGAUCUUUGCAAGGUGUACGAACUCUGGACUUCCCCUUGUCGCCGUUGGGUUCUCUAGCAUUUUUUCACUCCUCGCGCUCAUGAACAUCCAAUCAGGUUCCGCAACAGUGUUCAAUUGGUUUGUCAACCUCUCAACUGUGGGCGGCUUCUUCGGUUGGGGAUCUAUCAACUUGACCUACAUCUUCUUCCACCGCGGAAUGAAGCACCAAGGCAUUGACCGCACAAAGCUCUACUACUGGAACCGCUUCCAGCCAUGGCUUUCGAUCUGGGGAUUGAGCUGGUGCAUCUUCUUCAUCCUCAUCAACGGCUUCGAAAUCUUCUGGGGUUUCACCGCCGCCGGUUUCCUCACUGCCUACAUUAACAUACCGCUGUUCUUCGGUCUUUACUUUGGCUGGAAGUUUGUGAAAAAGACUGAGGUCUGGAAACCAGAAGAGAUGGACUUUGUGACGGGUAUUCCUACCCCAGAGGAGACAGAGGGGCCAUACUACCCGCCUGUGGGUUUCUGGCAAAAACUCGCUGCCAUUUUGUUCUAGGUUGUAGUGUGGUUGUUGUUGUAUGGAUCUAGUCACUGUCUCCAGCUCUCGUUCUGGACAGAGCUGUAAUUCCCUUCUUUAUUUUUGAUGUUUAGUGAUGGACGGCUUUCGGCCAUUCAUCUAUGUAGUGUUGGAUACCUGUAACGUUUUAUUGAAAACGAAACAAUAAUGCUCUUUGAAUGUUUA